CUGGGCUCCAGGAGGACACGGAGCUUAACCAAGUCACUCUCCCAGCUCUGGCGACAUUUACCUUUCUCUUCUGGCAGCCGCUGAGCCACCAUGGUAAGACUCUGGCUCCCUGUCCUGCUAACUGUGUUGCUGUCCUUAGCCCUGGAAACUGCUGGACAAGGUCAGGGUGACAGAAGUGGAGACAGAAUUAUAGAUGGCUACCCUUGCGAGAAGGGCUCCCAUCCAUGGCAGGUGGCCCUGCUCAGAGGCGAUCAGCUUCACUGUGGAGGAGUGCUGGUCAGCGAACAAUGGGUGCUCACAGCAGCCCACUGCAAAAUGGGUCAGUACACUGUGCAUCUGGGCAGUGAUAAGUUAGGGGACGAGAAUGCCCAGAAGAUUAAGGCUACGAAGUCAUUCCGACACCCCGGCUACUCCACAAAAACCCAUGCCAAUGACAUCAUGCUUGUGAGAAUGGACAAGCCAGUCAAGAUGUCGCCCAAAGUGCAGAAAGUCAACCUUCCUACGAAAUGUGAGCCCCCAGGGACCUCCUGCACUGUCUCUGGAUGGGGUACCACAACCAGCCCAGAUGUGACCUUUCCCUCGGAUCUGAUGUGCUCGGAUGUGAAGCUCAUCUCCUCCAAGGAGUGCAAGAAGGUGUACAAGGACCUGCUGGGGAAGACCAUGCUCUGUGCCGGCAUUCCCGACUCCAAGACCAACACCUGCAAUGGUGACUCAGGGGGACCCUUGGUGUGCAAUGACACUCUUCAAGGUCUGGUGUCCUGGGGAACGUAUCCUUGUGGCCAGCCCAAUGACCCAGGUGUCUACACUGAAGUCUGCAAGUACAGCCGGUGGUUGGAGCAGACCAUGAAAACCUACCGCUAAACACUAGGAGUCAAGCUGCGAGCCUCCGAGGUUCGCAGAGUCAGGACAACCAUGGCAGCACUGUGAAGCCCGGUCUUUACCUUUUCUCCAAGACGUAGCCAAGCCUGAACCCUGUGCAAAGUUUACAAACUAAUCAGAAUCCCAGAGACCCAAAAGCAAAUCAAGUCAAGAGACAAGAACCCGAGGGCUGUGGAAUCCCUACACUGGACCGUGGCUGGUAGCUCUAAGAUUUCAUCCACCGCCCGUGGCUCGGGCCACCUGUGUCUAGAGAGUUCUUUAAAAAAAAAAUCAAGUUUGGAUUCAGCACAUCAUUUAUUUUAGGGAAAAAGAAGAAUGAUACUGUUAACAUGGUCUAAAGUAGUAGAUUACUUAAACGGGAGCUCGAUUUCUCUCCGAAGACGACGAAGUUGUGAAAAAGAAAGGCCCAGCUGUGAAUGGCUAGCCUUGUGCAGGAGUGACUGUCGUCACAUGAUGCGCAGCAGCUGACCUGAGCUGGACAUGCCAAACGAAACAGAUACAAAUAAAACCCAAGCAAUACUGA